AAUCUAAAAUGUGACGUAUAAGCACAAUUUUAAGCGAAAAAAUUGGGGGACCAACUAUUGAUUGGGACCCACCUGUAAGUUGAUAUGGCCUUCUUCUUCAGGAGGAUAAAGCAGGAAUCAAGAUAAAUCUGAUUUUAUCUUAGAAAAUUCAUAACAAUUGCAAGUGAGCUCCAAAGUUGAGUGAAAUUUAUUUCUUAAAUUCUGUAAAUUCAAGGUUUGCAAUCCGUACCAGAAAUAAAAAUUGUCACAAAUCCAUUUUAGGCUCAAUUCGCAGAAUAAACCAAAGCAGUUAAUUAACGACCAUGGUAAAGUUGCCAUUAACAGAAAAUUAACUAAAAUAACAAGACCACGAUUCUAAAACAUGUUAACACAGUUAUAACCCAAAAACAUAGAAAUAUCAUUAAAAUGCGACUGUUGAUAAAAAUAUGGAUGAAUUUCCAAAAAUGACUGUAAUCAAGUAUAAAAUGCAAUUGCCUAAUAAAUCAUGGGUGGCUAGCUAAUAUAAUCAUAUGUACUGUUAAACAAAUGGAUAGGCCCAAUUAAGUUUAAUUAAAAUCUCAUUAGCCCACAAUAAAUGGUAGAAACAAUAAUACCACCUUGGAGAUUUUAGUUAGAGUAUCUCAAUUUAAAUAGAGAGGCAAAAUAUACUCCUUGUUGACUCGUUGAGAUGGAGGGAAGACUGCUACACGCGGGCACGCGCGCCGAGCCGGCCAGUCCGGUCCGGGACGUCGGCGUAACGUUUGCAGUGAUAAUUGCGCGAUUUGAUUGCGUGGCAAUCACGCAAUGGAAAUGUGGGGCGCGAGAUUCGUUUCCAUUCUCUCCUUCUUCCCGAGGCAGUAGGCAACCUGUCACUCCAUAGCGGUCACUCCAUAGAUUUUGCUCUCCUCUCUGGUUUCCGAAUUCUGCACUGCUUUCUUGCUUCCUCGAUCCUGACGCUUGCGCACACGAGUGUCCUGGACGAGCAGGCCUCCAAAACACCACUCGCCAGAGUACCUGCUCGGGUAGGCGGGUGCUAAGGUUUUUGGGGAGUGCGCUUGCACGACUGCUCACACCCUCUCAUCAUGUCAACUGGUGGUGGCAACAGUUGUGCGCACGGCGAUGGCGACGGCAGCGGUACACAUGGCAACGGCGAGAACGGAGUCGCGCAUGAUGGCGAUGAGAACAACACCAACAGAGACAAUACUACCUCAAACAGCAGCGGAGGGCCAUUCUCAAGCUACGUCUCAACCUACUUAUAAGUGCGAUGGGGAGCGGCGGGCGCAGUCUCCAUCUCCAUUUCCCUCCCGACUCCGGCUGCCGCUUCCGUCCUUCAGAUGGAUGGCUUGCACAAAGUCCUUGAGGAGUAGGAUUAUACUGAACUGACUGCAAUUUCCUUAGAGUUGUUGUGCUCCUUCCAACAAAAAUUGCCGAAAGAGUCCACAAGCUCACAUGGAGGCAGGAGCAGCAGAUGAGGAGAGGCCACUCAUUCAUCACCUGCCUCCACAGGAACAAUGUUCACAGUACACAUGCGAUGGAACGGUUAAUAUUGAUAAAGAGCCUGCACUGAAGCAGAGUUCAGGGAACUGGAGAGCAUGCUUCUUCAUUUUAGGUGCUGAAUUCACUGGAUCCUUGUGCUUCUUUGGGAUUUCGAAGAACUUAGUCACAUACCUCACAAGUGUCCUCCAGGAAAGCAACAUCCAUGCUGCACAAAGUGUGUCGAUUUGGAUUGGAACUUGCUUCUUCACACCACUCAUUGGAGCCUUCUUGGCUGACACAUACUGGGGAAGAUAUCGGACAAUACUAAUUUCCCUCUUUGUUGUCGUCCUUGGAAUGCUCAUUCUGACGGUUUCAGCAUCAUCACCAUUGUUCCUGAAUGCUUCUCACUACUAUGGGGAUAUUUCUCAUGUGACAGUCUACCUAGGGCUCUACCUUUUUGCCCUUGGACAUGGAUGUCUGCAACCCUGCACUCCGGCCUUUGGGGCUGAUCAAUUUGACAGCGCCGACCCGGUGGAGCGGGUGAUCAAGGGAUCGUUCUUCAAUUGGUACUACUUCUCAAUGCACAUGGGCUCUCUACUGUCGACUACUGUGCUCGUCUGGGUGCAGGACAACAUAGGGUGGAGUGUUAGUUUUGCGAUCCCCACGCUGCUCUUGGGGUUUGGCCUCGCCAUGUUUGUUUCUGGUAGGAGGGUGUACAGGUACAGAAAACUGGGAGGGAGUCCAUUGACGAGGGUCUCUCAGGUUGUGGUUGCAGCUGUUAGGAAUCACAGGCUGAUGUUGCCUGAUGACAGCUCGCUCCUGCAUGAGGUUCCAAGAUUGAAUGAACAUGGCUACAAGACUCAACAUACUGCUCAAUUCAGGUUCUUUGACAAGGCUGCCAUCUUGCCCAACAAGAACAAUGCGGCGCAGUCGAGCCCAUGGAGGCUGUGCACGGUGUCGCAGGUGGAGGAGCUCAAGAUGCUGCUGCGGAUGCUCCCGGUCUGGGCGUCGCUGUUCAUGUUCUUCGUGGUGACCGCCCAGGUGACGUCGACAUUGAUAGAGCAAGGUACAGCCAUGGACGGACGCAUCGGCCCGUUCACCGUGCCACCGGCCUCGCUCGCCUCCUUCGACGUCAUCGGCGUUCUCAUCUGCGUCCCUCUGUACGACGCCGUCGUGGUGCCGGUGGCACGGCGCGUCACCGGCAAGGACAGGGGCAUCUCACACCUGCAGCGCAUCGGCGCGGGCCUCAUGCUGUCCACGGCGGCCAUGGCGUACUCGGCGGCGGUGGAGGCGCAACGGCUGGCGGCAGCGGCGCCGGUGGGCAUAAUGUGGCAGGCGCCGUGCUACUUCGUGCUGGGCAUGGCGGAGGUGUUCACCGUCAUCGGCGCGAUGGAGUUCUUCUACGAGCAGUCGCCGGAGUCGAUGAAGAGCCUCGGCACGGCGCUCACGCAUCUUGCCAUCGCUGUUGCCAACUACCUCAACUCCGCGCUGCUUAGCGUCGUCGCCAUGGCCACGACGAGCGGCGGCGGAGGCGGGUGGAUCCCGGAGAAGCUGGACGAGGGGCAUCUGGACUACUUCUUCUGGAUGAUGGCUGCUCUCAGCCUGCUCAACCUGCUGCAGUUCCUGCUUUGCUCCGUCAGAUACAGAGGCAACAACACUACGCUAUCGUCUUGACAUAUAUAUACUGAUGGGUCUACGUUAAUAUCCAUGGGUUCAUGCCUGUCAACGUAGUAAAAUGAUGCUGCAAAAUUGAUCUCCGAUUCUUUUUUCUGUCAUGGCAACCAAUUGAGAAUGCAAACUACAGAUUUCUCUAAGCAAAUCUAGGCUAGUGUAGGAGCUUUUACCGAUGAGAUUUGCUUCGGUUCAAUAAAAAGUAUCUCGAGGUACCAAAUCAUUUUCUAUCAUUGGAUCUAGCUGAGUAGGAUGUGCAUUGUUAGAUCCAAUGAUCAGAAACGAUUUCAUACCGCGAUGUUACUUUUUGUUGGACUAGAGCAAAUCUUUUACUCUUACUAGGAAAGAAGUCCGCACGCAUAGGAUUGCAUGGUUACAAUCAUUAAAAGAGGAAAAAAAACAUAUAUUGUAAAACAUGUCAUGGAUUUGAGUCUACCACUAUUACCUUGGUUAUAUGUAAACCUCCAUUACCAUACU